AUGGCAGCAGGGAGGAACCAAACAACUACCACAGAAUUCAUUCUUAUAGGAUUCGGAGACACCAAAGAGUUCCACAUUCUAUUCUCUUUCAUCUUUCUAGCUAUUUACCUUUCUACUACAAUGGGAAACAUUCUCAUCAUUGCACUCAUCAUAACAAACAACAAUCUUCACACCCCUAUGUACUUCUUCCUGGGAAAUCUGGCUUGCUUAGAGAUCUGUUACAUCUCUACCAUUGUGCCUAAACUAAUCACCAUUUUCCUAACAGGGGACAGGACAAUUUCAUUUUGGGGUUGUAUUGUGCAGUUUUAUUUCUUUGCUGCCCUGGCUGCUACUGAAUGCACUCUCUUAGCCGUGAUGUCUCAUGACCGGUACCUUGCAAUAUGCAAGCCACUGCAUUAUGGCACCCUUAUGAAUAUCAGGGUUUGCAUCGUACGGGCAGCUGGGUGUUGGCUCAGUGGUUUUCCAGUACUGCUGAUAGUUCUCCAUUUGAUGUCAAGAUUACCCUUCUGUGGCUCCAAUCGGAUACAGCACUUCUUCUGUGACCUUGCUCCAGUCAUAAGCAUUUCUUGUGGAGAAACACAAGCAGUGGAAUUCACUCUCUUCUCAAUUGCAUUCACAUUAAUCUUGCCUCCAUUUCUAUUAACUGCAAUAUCUUAUGCUUUUAUCAUCCUGGCUGUGCUGAGAAUCCCCUCCACCACUGGAAGGAAGAAAGCCUUUUCAACAUGUUCAUCUCACCUCAUAGUGGUUAGUAUGUUCUAUGGUUCCCUUGCUGUUGUUUAUUUGUUGCCAAGGAUUGAAACACUGAGAAAAUUCAAUAAAAUAUUUUCUGUCUUCUACACCAUUGUAACUCCGCUCAUCAAUCCAUUGAUCUACACUCUUAGAAAUAGGGAGUUCAAAGUAGCCCUUAAGAAAUCAAUCCAAAAAAUGCUUCACAACACCUUCUGA